AUGCUACCUGUAGUGAAAAUACGGAAAAGGAGUAAAUCCCCAAAUAAAUUGCGUCAAUCAGACGCCUCUAAAAGUUCCUUUGAUAGCAAGCUCUCAAAAAGAGAUAAACAAAGUAUAUCGUCGAAUAAAAAGUCAAAUUCACUGUUAUCACUUCAUCGAAAUCUCCACAAAACGGAAAAAGCGGCCUCAAAGUUUAAAGCAGCGACCUAUAGCCAAGCUUCAAAGCGGCCGAGUCUAAAACGUGUGGAAGGCGAUAAAGCAAAGCGUCCGUCAUAUAGAAGUAAAGAAAGUAUUGAUCUUUCUUUACGAACGGGUGAAAUUAAAAUACCGUAUGCGGCGUCUGAAAACCUAAGUCGACGAUCCUCAGUAGCUUCGAAACAUUUAUUUUCCAAACGAUCUUCUGUCAUAUCGCGCAAAAGCUCUUCCCGAAUCUCCUCCAAACAACAAGCGCAGGAGUAUUCGGACCUUCGUCUAAUGAUUCAUCGACGAACCUUACCCAAGGAUAAACCUCAUGACAUUUGCCCGUCUUUGAUACCGCUGAUGUCCAAUCUAAGCCCAUGUCAUAGUACUCGUAUGGAAGCCGAUUUCAACCAGCAGGAGGGGACAAUGCUGAGUUUAGAAAGCGAGCAAAGCAUUUUAGAGUUUGAUCCGAACGCCCCCCUCAGUACUUUUAUUACACAGAAUAUCGAUAAAAUUCGAGCAUCGCUAAAUAAACAGCGCCUUCCAACGCGUUCGGUGAGGGAUUUGCAGUCCGAGCUCGCACAGAUUGAGGAAUCCUGCCCGGCGCCCCUCAACCACGACCAGGAAAUUCGGCGAAUGGCGCGAGAGGCAGGGGUGGAGCUCACCGGGCCCUGGCUAACCCCCACCCAUGGGUACGGAAAAAACAAAAGGACCUCCUCCGGCAUUGGAAAUUACCGUUUAGAUGAUCUUAGUGCGGGAAAUUUGAUUCGUAUUUUUUGCUUUUGCGAUUCGACUUCGUUGGUGGAGCUCAACCACGCCUGUAAACGAUUUCACGUUCUCAGUGGUAGCCGUGAAGUAAUGUUCGGGCGUGACCGUAAGGAUCUUUGCACGGCCUUUACAAAAAAUAGAACCUCAAGAGAAGCGAAAAAAGGGCUGCUCAAUAAUCGAGACCAGAUGCGAAAAGAAGAGGAGGAGGAAAUGGUUGUAUGGAAAGCGAUGUACAAGAAUCUUAAGAAGAAUAUGGACGAACGCGUUAUCGAAGAACACGCGCGAAAGCUUCCGGCAAGUGUGGAGGGUCUGUUUGGAAAACAACAUCCAGAAGCUAGAACCCAUGCGAAGCGCUGCGGCCUUAAUCUCGUUCCAAGCAGGAAAUUCUUUGAUUUUCAUUCCAAUCGAAAUACCUCCGAACUCAAAGGCGAUGAUGACGGAGAGGUUUUAAACCAUGACGCCUAUUCAACUCAGAAGUUGUGGACGCAAAUCAAAGAAAUCGAAGCGACGCGCGAAGAACUAAUAAACCGCAUUCAACAAAAUAAUGAGAGGGUUUCUUUGCAGAAAACACAGCUACAGGAACUUCAACAUCGUAUCUUUUCCUGCAGAAUUGAAGACAAUACAACGGAAAAUGAUAAUUUACCAGCACCAAAAACCGCAAGUCCUUGCGAAAACGUUUUUGAGGACGCUUAUCUCACGUUCGAGGAUCUCGAACACUUUGAACGGCGUAUGGUUUUGUUAAUUCUUAACGGACGUGGUGGGGCAGCGGAAGUGGAAUCCAUUCCACUGGUGCUUCGACGCGGAAUUGAAAGCUUCGCAUCUUUGGAAUUACUUUUAUCCAAUCCUUUGCUUUUUAACGCGAAUGAUGAAUCCGGGGGAAUCGAACACGCCGAGGCGCCUAAAGCGAGCUCAUGGAGGGUGAUUCAUAAGCGUUGGUUGAUGUUUAAGUCAUUCUUUCCCCUGAAUGAUAAUGGAUAUUAUACCGCUCGGCGAUGCCUAAUUCAGUGCGCGAUGAAUGGGACUGACAAGGGACCCUCUAUGGCGUUGAAUAAGCGCCACGAGAAGGUGCUGCUUCGAUUCACCGGCGUUCUUCGACGAGUGAAAAACAUGAGGGAUAGUGAGGUGUUGGAUGUUAUCAUGUAA